AUGUCCACUCCCUUCGGCGCACAAGUCCCGUCUCCGACCACGACCAAGCUCUUCAACGGUCCGGACAGGGACAAGCUCGACCGCCUCGCCAUUCGCGAGAUCUGCGAGGGCUGGCCGUGCCACCGCGAUGCGAGGAACUGGAGGGCGUACCGCUCAAUGUUCACGGACGACGCUCAGGUCUUCACCACCUGGUCCGCUGGCAAGUCCAUCGACGACUUCAUCUCCGCCUCGAUCGCCGGCUUCAAUCGCGGCGAGCGCAUCAUGCACGCCGCGAUGGGAUGCUCGGUCGAGCUCGGCGCCGACUCGAAGCGCGCCGUCGGGAUCCUCAAGACGUGCAUCGACCAGCGCUUUGAGCUCGAGGGCGAGAAGGGCGGGAAAGUCGAGGUCGACGCGCAGUGCCUCAAUAGGUUCUGCUUCUUCUGCGAGAAGAACGAGAAGGGCGAAUGGAAGGUCGCCUACUACAAGGUCAUCUACGAGAAAGACAGGCUCAUCCCCGUCGACCCGCGCAAGCUCCCCAAGAUCGACGACGCCCUCCUCUCGCGCUUCCCCUACGGCUACCGCUACCUCGGCUACUGCCAGUCGCUCCUCGGCCACGACGUCAUGCUCGACCUCCCUAUCGCCUCGGGACCGGAGCACGAGAAGCUCUACGAAGCGAUGAGGGCUUGGACGGAACAGGGAGCGGACAGGAAGAGGAUGGACGAGCUCUUGCGCGUCAAGAGGGCUUAG